CGUGCAGUGGUGCAGUAGGUGGCACGGCGCGACGCUGAGUGGUCGAUAUCAAGUGCGGGGGCUAGCCGAGCGUCGCGACGCUGCAAACAGCUGUUGAAAAUGGACUCGCUCGGCUCGCAGCGGACGUGAAACGCGUGACACACGCACAUUACAUCAUUUUAUUACAAAAACCUGCUCGUUAAACAUGCGCAGGCAGCAACAGCAGAGUCAAACACAGUUGCAUAAUGAUCAGAGCGACGAUGAGAAUACGACGUCGUCACCGUCACAAAUCUUGGAGCGCGUUCAAUCCGAUCGUGUAACAGUGACGAAACCGGAAGAAGACCGCCGGCGACGCACCAUAAUCGUCGAAAAGAAAAACGGCUCGUUUGGUUUCACGCUGCAGAGCUACGGCAUCCAUUACAAGAAGGAGCAGGAAAUCGAAAUGAUCACGUACGUUGAUUACGUGGAUUACGACGGACCGGCUUAUCGUGCUGGUAUGCGCGAAGGCGACGUGAUCCUCUCCAUCAACGGCACCGACAUGGAAAAAGCCGACCACAAAACUCUCGUAGGCUACAUUAAGAACUGUGAUACGCGCAUGCGAAUGGUAGUAUUAUUCGAAGACUGUGUCCGUAAGGUUGAACUGCACAUGCGUUACAUACAACUCCAACGCAUUCUCCAAAGCAAAAUGACAGAAUUAGAAAAACUGUGCCUACGCGAACGCCAACUUCUCGAAGGCAAAUGGAAGACGCACAGUUUACCCGCACGGAAAAAGAAUCAAAACAAAAGCGAGAAUGUCGAGGAGACAUCCGCGAGUCAAACGCCAACGUAUUCGUACUGUCGCCCGACUGUAUCCACCGAAGAUGUGGCUGCGAAAACAGUGGUGCAGCCACAACCCGCCCAGCCAACAUUGAUCCUAGCCUAUCAGUAUUUAGAUCCGCGCUAUCGCUACAUGCUCCAGCCCAGCACGAGCAGCAGUGGGGAGUAUCUGCUUACAUUCGAACAACCCGCGAACGAUCGCCACCAUUUUAUCGUUAAAACUCCAUGCGAAACCAAACCCAGCUCAAAUACGAAAUCGCACAGCAAUCACAACGGCACUACGGGCACAACCAAACAGAAAAAGUCAUCGGAGCAUAGUUACGCCGGACAUUUAUGCAACCCUUGUCUACAACCCAGUAAUAAUUCCGGAGAUAACACUAGUUUGGAAGCGUAUGACCUUGCGAGUCCAUGUUGUGACCCACAUUGUGUUCCUUCAGCGAGGAGGAGAUCCAGACACAAGAAACGAGACUCAAAGUCAGAGGAAACACAAACUGACCCACCGCCAAGAGCAAGACCACAUUCUACGUCAUCUCAAACACAAACUCCUACUUUGAGUAGCACGAAAAGCCUGCCGAAAGGUCAGGGACAAGGUCAAAGUCAAGCUCAAGGAAAAACCCAGUCACAAACGCAGACAAUGAGUGGUCCACGGAGGUAUUUCCAACUUGGCGCUGGUCUUGUGAGUCAAUGCAGUUUACAUUCAUGUACAUCUAGUGAAUUUAGUGGAAUGGCACCGACUACAACUGGAGAAACUACAAGUUAUACAACGUCACUUAGUACUGAUACACUCUACUGGGACGGAUCGGAACUAAACUCAACAAAAUCAAUCUCAAAAGUAGGCAAACCUUCUCACCAAUACAUUCCACCCGAACCAAUAUAUGUCCAGUAUCCUGUCAAGCCGAAAUCGUGGGAUAAUCUAGCAACUAAAGCAUUUGGUGGUUAUGGUUUCGGUUACGGUUACGUUGAUGGCAACGCAAAGUCCGCAACCCAUUCAACAGCAAACAGCAAGAAGAAAAUACAGUAUGUGCGCGCGCAUAGUACUAGCACGGAUAAACACUACGCGACGAUAGCGCCCUCGCCGGCCGGUUCACAGCGAAGAUACAUUCAGACGAAUAAAUCUACAGAGAGUUUGUUGAGUGUGCCUGGCACGGGUAGUUCAUGUGAAUGUAUCGACACUGUCUCGCCCAAUCACGAAACAGCCGAGGGGCGGUUCUUCCAAAGUCCACGACAGAGCGUCGUCAGCCCGAGUGAUCCGAAUUUUGGGUAUUACAGUGCGCGUAGAACGCAAACGUAUCCGCGAAAUGUUGUUUCUACCAGUUCAGAGGCAACACGGCUCUAAAUAGGCCUAUAAACAGUAUUUAAUUAAACUUAACCUCUGAAAAGCUUAUACUUGAGGUUAGAUUUUGCAAAGUCAUGAUUCUAGUCGGUUUAGUUCUCGAAUUUUAUACUAUAUAGAUUUGCAGACAAUAAUUUAACGAUCGCUUUUAACUAUAUAUUAAAAAUGAUUUGUUUAUGAGCACAAAACAACGAAACGAACACUCUAGAGCUCAAAUACUGUGGCAAAAAUUGAUUUAUAAAAUUAUAACCUAAAAAUACACGAGAAUUCACACACUA